AUGUGUAGUCAGCUUGAACCGGAAGGAUCCAACAAUAAAUUCCUACUUCCAUAUAAGUUUCUGGCUCUCCUUCCUCUAGAAAGAGCAGGAUCUGUGUUGCAAACAAGGAACCACAGACUUUGCACCACAAAUCUAGCUGAGGCUGUUCACAAUAAGCUGUACGCUGCCUUCGCAGGUGAUCAUCCCGACAUGCGCACGCUACCGGAAAAGCUGCACACUUGAUUUGAAAGCUAUAUGUAAUUUGCGUUAGAGUGAAGGUGUAAAAAAACUAUUGAGAGAGCAUUGUUGGAUUAGAUUAUCUACGCAAAUUUGGGAUGUUUUCAUUAACGAAGAAAGUACAGUAAAACUACUUAAAAAAGACGUUCUGCCACUAAUCAUACAAAAGCUAGGAAACGCGACUUGUACAACUUUUCGCUUCUUUUAGAUAUGUUUAUAGUGAGGAGUAGUAGGGAUACCUAUGGCUGCAUGGGCAGCGUAAAAUCCAAAUACC